ACUGAGCUCUAAUUACGCCCUCUAGACGCCGCCAAGGUGCUACAGUUCACGUGGAGACACUGAAAAGUUUGCAUGCCCAUGAGGUCGUCCAUGCUGGUCCUGUUCCUCCUCUUCAGCGCGCAGGCCGUGGCCGCCAUCGGAGGAGCAGCACAGCAGCAUGGUCCAGGCAAUGACCCCGGCUCCAGCUCCAUCCCCACAGUGGACCCCAAACUCUUCACCAAGCGCCGCUACAACUCUCCCAGGGUGCUGUUCAGCGAUCAGCCGCCCGAUGCUGAGCCGACGGGGAGAAGGACCCGCAGGCGGGCAGGGGAGCAGCCUCAGCACCGCGGAGUCUACUCAGUGUGUGACAGCAUCAGCGUCUGGGUGGGCAACAAGACCAAAGCCACGGACAUCUCUGGCAACGAGGUGACAGUGCUGCCGGACGUGAAAAUCAACAAUGUCAACAAGAAGCAGUACUUCUUCGAGACGACGUGUCACAGCGUGCUCUCGGGCAGCUCCGGCUGUCGGGGGAUCGACGAACGACACUGGAACUCCUACUGCACCAACUCGCACACUUUUGUACGAGCGCUGACUACCUUUAAGAACCUGGUGGCGUGGAGGCUCAUACGCAUCAACGUGGCCUGUGUGUGCGUGCUGAGCCGCAAGUCGUGGCGGCAGUGAAGACUUCACACACGCAGGAACACACACUCAGAUACGGUACAAACACAGACAUACUCAUCACCAAAGACUUCUCACCUUCUGCACAAAGUAAAUUAUUGGUAUACGUCAAAGUAUCAGGAC